UUGACUGGAGGGUUUUCUCUCCCUGGUGUGGCAUUCGCUUUCUAACGCUCAUGUGGCAACAUCCAGCAUUGCUUGGCUUCCCCUGCACACUGGCCUGAGUCCAGGGAUUUGAAGCAGACAGGACAGACAGAGAGAAAGAGAGACAGAGUGCAUGUAUGCUGGUGAGAGAUAAGUGAGUUUAGAAAUAGGAGGGAAAAAGAGCAGAGGUCUGGAGAAAGGGAAGAAAAGAAAAAGCAGGUGAGACAGACAGCAGUUGAAAAAGGGAUCCAGAACAACCAGUGGUGAAGAAAGGUUGAUUAGCUGACACUACAGAUCCAUCAAUAUGGCAGCCAUGGAAGCACUGGAAUCCCUACAUGUCCAGCCAGAGCCGCAAACCCUCACUGAGAUCUCAGACGACGAGGUCAACCUCCCACCCUCAGAUGAUGAAGACGAUGCCCUUGCUGCAGCCAAGAAAGAGCUGUCCACCAUGGGCACAGAGGGGGACGCUGCUGAAGACAAGGACGAGGCGGCGAAGUCGGACUUGCAGGCCAAUGGGGUCAUGGUGCUGUCGUUGCUUGACAAGAUCAUCGGGGCAGUGGACCAGAUCCAGCAGACCCAGAGCGGGCUGGAGGCCAGGCAGCAAGAGAUGGAGCGUUCGGUGACCAGCAUCCAGGGCGAGCUGACCAAACUAUCCAAGAGCCACAGUACCACAUCCAACAGUGUUAACAAGAUGAUGGAGAAGGUGCGCAAGGUGAGCGUCAAUGUCAAGACGGUGCGGGCCACCCUGGAGAAGCAAGGAGGCCAGAUCAAGAAGCUGGAGACCAACGAGGCCGAGCUGCUUAAGAGACGCAACUUUAAAGUCAUGAUCUACCAGGAUGAAGUGAAGGUUCCCUCAAAACUCAGCAUCUCUAAGUCCAUGAAGGUUUCUGAGUCUGUGUCAGGAAGUAGAGGAGGCAGCUUGCUAGAGCUUAAGGAAGCUGUGGAAGAGCCUGGAGAGGAGGGAGGAGAAGGAGAGAAGGCAGACAAACCCCAUGUAGACCUCUCAUCAGAUGAGGAAGGGGUGGAGAUUGAGGAGACUGCGGAGGAGUCCCGUGCUGAACGCAUCAAGCGCAGCAGCCUGCAGCGCGUACAAACCCUGAAGACGGUCUUCUCAAAGGAAAAGAUGGAUAAGACCAGGGCAAAGACCAAAGAGAACCUGGAGAAGACCAGACAAAAAACCAAGGAGAAUCUGGAGAAGACAAAGCAGAAGACAAAAGAGAACCUUGAAAAGACCAGGCAGAAAACCAAGGAGAAUUUAGAGAAGACCAAGCAGAAGACUAAGGAGAACCUGGAGAAGACACGUCAUAACAUUGAGAAGAAGAUGGGAAAGCUCGGAACACGCAUGAGCGUCAACCCUGAGCGCAAACAAAAGAUUCAGACAUCCCGUGACAAGGUGAAGAAGGCCUUCACACCAGACCAUGUUGUUUAUGCCCGGUCCAAGACUGCCGUGUACAAGGUGCCCCCUUUCACCUUCCAUGUCAAGAAAAUCCGUGAGGGCGCAGUUGAGGUGGUCCAAGGCACUGAGAUGGUGGAGGUGUCCCAGGAUGCCGAGCCUUUUGGUGAUGUGGAUGGGCCUGUAGAGGAGGGUGCAGUGGAAGUUGAGAUGGAGAUGAUGAAUGGAGGAGGGGAUGAAGAGGAGGCUGAGGAGGAGGAAGAGGAGGACAGCCACGAGGCCCUGCAGGAGAACGAAGACAGAGAUAGAGACAGCGAUUAGAUAAAGAAUGAGGAAUUUGCCAAGAUCCUAACAAAAUCCUUUGCACCGACCCUGAGUGCUCUGUAAAAACUGAAUAAAUUGUGGGGAUUGAGGAGAUUGCUAAAAAAGGAUUACAAGCUGGGUCUUAUUUUUAUUAUUUUGGCCAUUAUCCCUGUGAGUUAUAAUAGCUUUGUACUCACUCAGUUGCUCCAUAGUGACAUUGCCAGAAGUGCAACGGAUUGGUCAGACAAUCAGACAGGUGGUUAAUGAGCCAAGGUUUAAUUCAGAUCAUCCAAGCCACUUUACAGGGAGGCAAACUGCACCCACAUUCCCAGGUAUGAGCAAUGGACUAGGCCACAACAAUAUUACCAAUAGGAAUGAUGGCCAAUACUAUGAAAAUAAGACUCAAGUUGGGAAAAAAAACACAAUUUCAUUUAACAAUGUAGGUUUUACUUUAUUUGACUACAGGCUGUUUGCUGAAAAAUCAUAAUUCAAAGAGCUUCAUGAAAAUCUCAUAAUUUGCAAAAACACUCCAGGGGUUGUUUAGAGUCCAUUUGUGUUUGGAUGGUGUAGAUGAUGACUAAAAUUGAAAGAAGAAGAUGAAGAAGCAAAUGAGAAGAGGAAAUGGUAGAACUGAUCAUUAGGAGAGGAGACCAUCACUCAUUUCGGAGAAAGUGUAAUUUGUCACCAUUUCAUUUUUCAAGACACCACUCACAGUUGGUGGAAUGAGAAUAUGGAAACGUCUCAUCACCUGUCCAUUGAAUUUCAGUUCAGCUCUCAUGGAUUGUGAAGAUACAGAUUUCCAACGGCCAAUUACAUACAGAAAAACUUCAUGUCACACAUGCAGAACUAGUUUUUCACCCCCAUCCCCUUGUUGUUCAGUUGUUUAAACAUAGAGGUGUUAUCUUACUCUGUUUAACGUACCCAUUAUUUAGAAGCAAAGUGAAUUUCUAGGUCUUCAUGAGCUCACAGUUAAGUAUUUGUGUAUGAUUUUGUAUGUAAUCACACGUAACAUGAGGCUGAUGUCAUCUCCUUCUCAUAACUGACAGAAUGUAGCCUCAUCACCGUCUUUUCAACGCACCUUGUUUCAUGCAAUACUCUUAUAUAACAUUUUACUUCCACCUGCACCCAUGCAAAUGAAGGUCUGCAAAACAUAUAGAGACAGCUCAUUCAUAGGCCCCAUUAUGUAUAAUUUUAAAAAUGUGUUUGAUGAAUAAACUGACAUAAGGACCAAUACUUCACACAAAUCUUACAAACCUCUGGUAGAACUGGUUUAGACUCUGCAUACUUUUUAGGACCUGUCCAUUCACAUGCUUGUUUUGACUACUUGUCUACUUGUCAAAACAAGUGCUGCAGUCUGACACUGACCCCUAGUGUUCAGCCAUCUCACUACAGUUUUCUGUUCCAGAUUAAAGGUGCAUUUCAGUAGAGCGUCAUACAGUUCUCUUUCAAAUGAGCAUUUCAUUUAAAUGUUUCCACAUACUGUCCACAUCUACUUGUUUCUAACAAGAUGUAAAAAAAAAAAAAAAAAAAAGAAAAAUAGUGUUUUAUAUCUUCAUCAGUGCCUUUCUAGAGUGACUUCAAGAAUUACUGUUUUUCAUUCUUGAAUGUUUGGCUCUGACUGCAUUUCUUCUAGCAUUAUCAAGAUAAACUUCAGGGGGCGUAUACCCUGGGCAAACGCAGAGACAGACACAAGACAAAUUUAUGAAUCCAAAGUAAGAGAAUAUAGUUUUACAAAACUGUUGCUAAAGUUUACCAUGUUGCCAUAGUAUCUGUACUGUCAAAGUUUCAUUUCUAGCUCAGACAAAUCAGUUUUCUUUCUUUCUUUUGUAUAUAAUGUGAAUCACUGCCAGUGCAGAUCAUGAUGCAUUUUGAUUUUAUUUUACCAGAGAGCCUCUCGCCUUCUGUUGCCUGCACUUCUUCAGCAUAUAAACAGCUUUUUUGGGCCAAAUACUUUUGAUGUUUGCACAGAUUCCACAGUGCAACAAAGGACACUGGCACUCUUACAAGCAAGGAUGAAACACUCUAGCUUUUUUGAUGCACAGUUGUGGUAGAGACGUUGGGUGAUUUAAGGCUCAGUCUUUCAAAGAUUAACAGUGAGUGCCACGUCCGUCAAAGCAGUAACAACAUGCAGCUAUGCUGAGGUCUUUGUCAAUGGAACACAAAAUGUAGUUAAAAUGUACACUUAACUAUUCCCUUGCUUUUGUUUUGUCAUUAACUGAUUCCUGUAUUUUGUUUAAUGUUCAUUUCUUAACCACUAAUGAUUUAAUUAAUAAAAAACUAUUUGGUUCACA